CUAUUCUUAUAGUUCGUGGUUAUAUGUUAAAAUUACAGUAUAUUAUGUGUACAUUCCGUAAAAUAACUUUGAUUGACAGUAACAAAAAUAUAUAUUACAUACACAGUCUACUUUUUAACUUGUUUAUGCCUGCAAUAUUUGUUAACAUCUUGUAAAUAAACAAUUGAGCCAGUGUCAGCAAGAAUAUGACAAUUCACAAUUUAUAUAUAUUUUCUAAAAAUGGAACACUAUUGUAUUACGCUGAAUGGAAUAGGUUGAAUAAAUCUGGAAUUACGAAGGAAGAGGAAGCUAAACUCAUGUAUGGAAUGUUAUUCUCCAUUAAAUCAUUUGUAAAUAAAAUAUCUCCAUUGGAUCCGAAGGAAGGAUUUUUGUAUUACAAAACCAGUAAAUACACGUUACAUUAUUUCGAAACUCCCUCAGGAUUAAAAUUUGUUUUGAACACGGACAAUGCUUCACAGAAUGCGAGAGAAUUAUUACAACAAUUAUAUAGAGACGUGAGUAAUUUAUUUUUAAUAAAGAAUCCUCUAUGUCAACUGAAUGAACCAAUCCAAAGUGAGCUUUUUAAGCUAAAAGUAGAUGAAUUAUUUAAGAAGUCGCCUCUAUUUUUAAGUAGAACAAUUUAACUUAUAAUGUUUAUAAAAAAUGUAUAGUAUAUAAAUAUAAGAAUUACAUAUAAAGUCAUUAUGCUUUGCAGCUUUGAUGCUUUCACUGAUAAAUAUUAAAUUCUUAAAUGUAAGAAGUGUAAUCAUACAACUGAAAAUUAUAAUGUAAGGAAACAUACAAUUUACAUUGUAUCUUGUUGUAUUUAGGAAUUUACAAUCAUCAAAAUGGUAUCAUUCUUUAAUACCUUUCAAUAUACAAUAAAUUGUAAUUUUCAUACAAAAUGUACACUGACAAAGAAAGCUUAGAGAAAUUAAUUUUAAAUGUAAAA